AUCUUGAAAUCAUAAUUUGUUAAUAAAAACACAUUUUUUUAUCGAAAACUACUUAAAAAUACAUAUUUUUGUCAAAACCACAAAAUAUAAACACAACUCAAUCUUUCACUGACAAUUUUAAAUGAUUUGACAGCUGAUUUCAAUAAUGAACGAUCUGAUUUUUUAGAUCUCAAGAUUAAUUCUUAAGUCCGCGCUCGCGUUCCAAUGUCUAUCUAACAUGAAUUCAUUAUGUAAUACCAACGGGAGCGUCAGUUUAUAAAUCUACCUUUAUACUCAGAACAUAAAGUUAUAAUACAUUAUGUUCUAAGAUCUUAGAACUUCAUUUUAUGUAACGCUAUGAUUUUCUUUUAUCUAUGUACAUAAUUUUUCAUUUACAGGAUAAAAUCAACUUAUCAAAUUUGAAAUUAUUAAAAACUCAAUUGAAGCCCUGCGUUCACGAUAUGGAUUCUUUCCUCCAGAAAACUACAGUCGAGGUUCCAUACAAUUUCGCCGAGUUCCGUUGGUACGUAUCUCCCGAAGAUAUUCCCGAUAUGCCGCAAUUGGUGCUUUACAUGAUCACCGAAGUGGUAGGUAGAGAUGAAAUACACCAAAAGAACAUGAUAGAAUUUAUUUUGUCGGUAAAAAAAUGUUAUAGACACAAUCCAUAUCACAAUUUCGAGCACGCUUUUAACGUAACUCAUUGUAUAUUUAUCAUCAUAUCAAGGAAUUUAGAAAUUUUUAAACCAAUAGAGGUUAAAUCUCUUUUGAUAGCUGCGCUUUGUCACGAUUUAGACCACGGCGGUUUUACUAAUAAUUUUCUUCAAUUAACUGAUGAUACGCUGUCGCAAUUAUAUGAUGAAUCUAUUUUAGAACAUUACCAUUAUCGAGUAGCAAUGACGAUAUUGAAGGGUUUGCGGAUCUACAAUAAUAUCUCCAAAGCAGAUUUCAAUUGCAUAUCGAAAGAACUUAAGGAAGCUAUUUUAGCCACAGAUUUAGCCAGUUAUUUUAAAUUCCGCGUCAAACUGCUGCAAUUAGUCAACGAUAACGUGUUUGAUUUUUCAAAUUCUCGACAUCGAACUUUGAUGAAGGCCAUUAUGAUGACCAGUUCGGAUUUGUCAGGCAAUUGCAAACCGUUCUUAGUAUCCAAGACUAUUUGCGACAAUAUUUAUAAGGAGUUUUAUAAUCAAGGAGACUUGGAGAAAAAGAUGGGAUUGACACCGUUGUCUUUAAUGGACAGGGAGAAAUCUCAAAUGGUUCCAGAAGAUCAAGUGCAGUUUCUAACAGUUAUUGUUUUGCCUUGUAUGGAUCUUUUGCAGAGAAUAUUUCCAAAUACUAGGGAACUUCAUAUGGAAGCUAGUAUUUUAAAGAAAACGUGGCAGGAAAUUAUCGCUUUGAAAGGACAGAAAAGUUGGAGACAAGACGAUUCCGUAGUAGAUCAAACUGAAUGCAUGUAAACAAUUUUAUUUUGAGUAAAUACAACUGAGAAGAGAUUAACU